GAAGUGGGCGCGACGGGCUUUGCGGGGCGCGCAGGCGGCGGGCCGGCGGGCUGCGGACGGAGGAUGGGAUCGGGGCCCCCCGGCGGCCCGCAGCCUCAGGAGCCCCAGUGACACCGGCCGGGACGACGCCGCGCAGGAGCCAAGAUGUGUCUGCGCGUUGGCAGCUUGAGUGUGGCUGACUUCCGGAAGGUGCUGAUGAAGACAGGGCUGGUGCUGGUGGUGCUGGGCCAUGUGAGCUUCAUUGCGGCCGCCCUGCUCCAUGGCACUGUGCUGCGCUACGUGGCUGCCCCCCACGAUGCUGUGGCUCUGCAGUACUGCGUGGUCAACAUCUUCUCUGUCACCUCUGCCAUCGUGGUCAUCACCUCAGGCAUCACCGCCAUCGUGUUGUCACGCUACCUCCCCAGCAUCCCCCUGCGCUGGACAGUGUUCAGUUCAAGUGUGGCCUGUGCCCUUCUCUCACUGACCUGUGCCCUCGGCCUCUUGGCCUCGAUCGCUGUGACCUUUGCCACCCAGGGCCAGGCACUGCUGGCCGCCUGCACCUUUGGGAGCCCUGAACUGCUGGCGCUCACACCUGACUGUCCCUUUGACCCUACACGCAUUUACAGCUCCAGCUUGUGCCUCUGGGGAAUUGCGCUGGUGUUCUGCGUGGCAGAGAGCGUGUUUGCUGUACGCUGUGCUCAGCUCACCCACCAGCUGCUGGAACUGAGACCCUGGUGGGGGAAAAGCAGCCAUCAGCCGAUACUGGAAAGCCUAGAGACAGUGGAAGGCCACGAUGUGAACUGCACCAGCUCAGAGCCGCUGACCCUCUGAGGGCCAAUGCCUCACUGGACCCAUGGCUACUGGGGUCCUGUGAGCAAGUCUGCACUGUCACCAGGCCGGACUCCCUGGAGCCAGCCCAAGAGGACUCAGUGGACACUCAGGCACCUGGGUGGGGCUUUUAGACCCCCUCCCCAGCCACCCAGCCCUCUGCACUGAAACGAGACUUUAUUCUGAAGUUAUUAAAAAGAACAGAGAUGCGCCAUGUGGAUGCAUGCAGGGGGCGGGGGGGGAGGGCUCGGCCGGGGGUCUGUGCUUCUUCCACACACAGGAUGCUUGUGCACAGGGCUCUGGGUACAUCUGCCCAUCUGUCUAUGGGCACGUGUUUGUGAAAGAGAGGGAGGCAAAAUACACCGAGGGGUCUGUGUGUGGCUGGCUGUGUUGGUCCAAGUGCUAAAUGGCAGGUGGGGGUUCAUGAGCCCCACAGCUGGGGGGCUGGAAUGCUAGGAGUUUUUCCUUUUGUAUCAUGGCCCCCUGGCCAGAAAGAGCUGGGGCAGGAAGGGCUGAGACCCCCUGCGGGGAAGGAUAGCUCAGGGAAACUUCCUCGAAACCCUCACCCCUGGAAUCCUCUCCCCUCCAAAUGAAAAG